AUGAUAAACUCAGCCUCUCUUGCUCUUUUCUUUGCACUCAACAUCCUCUUUUUCACCUUAACCGCUGCAACUGAUUAUUGUCGCUGCAACCCAAGUCCUAAGCCCACGCAUGGCAUAGCUCCUUCGUUCCCAAGACCUAGCCCUAGGCCGCUAGUCCCAAGUCCUUACCCUAGGCCGCGAGUCCCAAGUCCUUCCUUGGGUCAGCCAUCAGCCCAACCAUGCUGCUCAGUCAUCCAAGGUUUGGUUGAUCUCGACGCUGCGGUUUGUCUUUGCACUGCUCUUAGGGCUAACGUUCUCGGCAUCAACCUUCACGUUCCUAUAUCUCUCAGCGUUCUUCUCAACGUUUGUAACAAGAACCUUCCUUCCGGAUUCCAAUGCGCUUGA